UCACCUGGGUCACUAGUACCUUACGGAUGCGUAUAAAACGGUGUUGUGGUUGGCGGUCCCUCGGCAUUCAUUCUACGACACGACAAGAGAAGCGAACAGUCAAGGCCUGGGCUCGUUUUCUGUGUUAACUAAUCAAAGGAAAGGAUGAAGAAUCGAUUCGUUUUCUUCGCUGUUUUGUUGUUGACGUUGGCAGCUGUUUUGAAUGGCGUCUCUUGCGAUGAAGGACAGCAAGGAGCAGCCGUGAGAUCCGAAGGUGGCGGUGAAGCUCAAGGAAGACAUUUGGGAGGAAUUCUAGGAAGUUUGAUUGGUGGAGCUGCUUACGGGUACGGCUAUCCCGGCCAAUAUGGAUAUGGAGGAUACCCGCCCUCUUAUGGUGGAUACCAUGGGUUUGUGCCUCAUAGUGCCUACGGUGGCUAUGGCUAUCAGCCUUUUGGUUAUGGUGGUUUUGGUGGUUAUGCACCUUACGGCUACAACGGGCCGUAUUAUGGUUAAACCGUGUGGAUCACCAGUCUUCCGUCUCUAUAUUUAUAAAUGAAUUGACCUCAAAAGAAAUACGAUUGCUUUCUUUCAUAAUUUUCGAGAUCAUGCCCGGAUAGGGUUGAGCCCUCCUUAUUUUUGUAAGAACAAACUUGACUUUAUACUAAUUGAAAUAUACAAAAUAGAAAAAAAGUAAAACAAAA